AUGACCGAAAGGAAUGAUACUGCAAUUGCUGCUGCUUUGAAAGUAAUGGUUCAAGCUUUGCUGAAUCAGCCGAAUGCUAAAGAGAAUGCUAGAUCUCCCAAGUUUUAUCCGCAUUAUAAUGAACCGACUGCUGAAUUUUCUAAGUGCAUUAAGUUUGAGAAUAAAUUGCGUUCUGAGAUCAAGAAAGCGGUUGGCUACCAUAAAAUUCGUGUCUUUGCGGAUUUGGUUGAUUGUUGUCGCUUUUAUGAGGAGGAUAGUAAUGGUCACUAUAAGAUGGUUUUUGAGAGGAAGGGCAAGAGCCAACAGAAUCGUGGCAAGCCGUAUGAUGGUCCUGCUGGGAAAGGUAAGCAGAAAGCUACUGAGGGCAAGAGAACUACUGGGGGAGAUGCUCCUGCUGGUAUUGUGUGCUUCAAGUGUGGCAAAACUGGUCAUAAGAGCACUGUGUGUACUGUUGAAGCGAAAAGGUGUUUCCAUUGUGGGAAGUUUGGACAUGCGGCAUCUAAAUGCCAGCAUAAGGAGAUGGUUUGUUUCAACUGCGGUGAAGAGGGGCACAUUGGUAGCAAGUGCUUGAAACCAAAGAAGGAACAAGCUAGUGGAAAGGUGUUCGCCUUGUCGGGAAUUCAGACCACUAGUGAGGAUGCACUCUUGUCUUCUAUCAAUGGAGAGAUGGUCGUCGAUACUCCAGCUAAGGGAUCAGUGACUACUUCUCUUGUGUGUUUAAAGUGUCCCAUGUCAAUUUUCGACAGAGACUUUGUUGUUGAUUUUAUUUGCUUGUCGUUAAGAGGAUUGGAUGUGAUCUUAGGUAUGAACUGGUUAGAGUAUAACCAUGUUCGUAUUAAUUGUUAUGAUAAGUCGGUGAGAUUCUCUACUCCUGAAGAGGAAAGUGUUGAAUUAUUAUCUGCUAGACAGUUGCGCAUGUUAAUGAAAGAAGAAGUGCAAGUGUUCGUGUUGGUGGCAUCAUUGUUUAUUGAGAAUCAAGCUAUAAUAGAUGAGUUGCAGGUGGUGCGAGCAUUUCCUAAAGUUUUCCCUGAUGAAAUUCCUAAUGUACCGCCAGAGAGAGAAGUUGAAUUUUCUAUUUACCUUAUACCUGGUACUAGACAUGUGUUUAUGGCACCGUACAAGAUGUCUGCAUUAGAAUUGUUAGAAUUGAAGAAGCAAUUGGAGGAGCUACUUGAGAAGAAGUUUGCCAGACCCCGGUGUAUCAUUGUGGGGAGCUCCAGUGUUGUUAGUCAAGAAGAAAUAUGGGAGUAUGAGACUUUAUAUUGA